CGUCCCCGCACGGCUGAGUGUGAGGUCGCUUUAAGAGCUAUCUCCGCUGCUGUCAGAGAGUCCGCGCAGGUCCGCGUUUUCUCCUCCAACACAAACUGUUGUGUCUCACUUGAUGUGAGGCAGCGCGCGCCAAGUCCCAGAGGAAGCACCGUUCAGGAGCUGUGGUAGAGCAGACAUCUCCUCCACCUGUCCGGAGCUGAGAAGGUGCACCACAUCUGUGCUGAGGAUCCAAGGAAAGCUGCAGAGCGCACACUGACCACUCUCACAUGUGGUCUUCCCGCCACAAAAUGGUGACUGCUGUGUCGUCUGCCCCACGCCGAGGAUGAAGGAAAACUGUGAAAACGGCAAAUACUCUUCAUGAAGUAAACGACAUAAUAUUUUAAUUAGCUUUUCGUGAACCAAGGGAAAACCCAUUAUGGAGCUGCAGCACAACACUAAUCACAACCAAGCCUUGUGGAAAGAGAUACCGUGGGACUUCACAGAGGACUGCUCGCUCUCAGUGAGUGGCACCACUUUCCUCAUCAUCGCGUACAGCACCGUCAUGGCAGUGGGUCUCAUCGGGAACUCGUGCCUGGUGUUUGUCAUCACGCGGCACAAGGAGAUGCAAAACGUGACCAACAUCUUGAUCGUCAACCUGUCCUGCUCCGACAUCCUCAUGUGCAUCUUCUGCCUGCCGGUCACCAUCAUCUACACUCUGAUGGACCACUGGAUCUUAGGCGAGGCCCUGUGUAAGCUCACACCCUUCAUCCAGUGCAUCUCGGUCACCGUUUCCAUCUUUACCCUCGUUCUUAUCGCCAUGGAGCGCUAUCAGCUCAUUGUCCACCCGACCGGAUGGAAGCCUGUGGUCAGCCAGUCCUAUCUGGCUGUGGCUGUCACCUGGUUCGUGGCUUGCCUUAUCUCAGUGCCUUUCCUGUCAUACAGUGUGCUCAGCUUGCCUUUCCAGAACCUAAGCGUCCCUUUCCUCGUCAGCGAUCACCUUGUUUGCAUGGAGCAGUGGCCGUCGCUUCAGGAGCGAAGAACCUACACCACCUCCCUGCUCGUCUUCCAGUACUUCCUCCCGCUCGUCGUCAUCAUGGUCUGCUACCUACACAUCUACCUGCGCCUCAGGAGGAGGAAGGACAUGGUGGAGCGCGGCAGGAACGCCACUCAAAAGAAAAACAAGGGCUCCACGAGGAUCAACGCCAUGUUGUUUUCCUUAGUGGUGGCGUUCACCGUCUCCUGGCUCCCGCUCAACGUCUUCAACACCGUGUUUGACUGGAACCACGAGGCCAUCCCGUCCUGCAGCCACGACGCCAUCUUCUCCUUCUGCCACCUCAUAGCCAUGGCCUCCACCUGCAUCAACCCCAUCGUCUACGGCUUCCUCAACAGCAAUUUCCAGAAGCACCUCAAGUCCACACUGUUGCACUGCCGCUGCUGGGCGGCGGCGGAGAGGUACGAGAGCAUCCCGCUCUCCACCGUCAGCACGGAAGUCACCAAGGCGUCCAUCCUGAGCAACGGAUCCAUCACCAUCAAUUCUUAAUCCCAGGCCUUUUUAAUAAAAGACAAAGAUGCGACU